GAGUCCCUUUGCUAUUGACCUCUAAACCUUUUUCAUGCUUAUUAUCCAACUGUCAAGUUUUAUUGCAUAUGCUGUUGAUGGCUGAUCGCUUGGACCAGGUCACCAGUUUCCUGCGUCGUCCAGAUGUGAACCUCUGCUUUCAGAUCCAUCCGAAUCAAUUGACCAUACCUACCUUCAAUCCUCCGGCAGAAUGGAACUACUGGUGGCAGUGGUCGGGAGAGCCUAUGAAUGCAUCUUUUACAAGCAACGUGCUAUGGUCGCAAUCAAAAUGGCAGCUUUUAUGGUUUUAUUAUGUUCGCGAUUCCACUCCAGACUGGAUACGCGAACAUCCAGACGAAGACACUUUCAAACUCAUCCCGAUUCAGCUUCGCAAAUUGAUAGAUGAAGCCCGCACGCUUCAGCUUUCAAGAGCCGUAGAUACCUUCGGUCGACAGUCUACACGUCGGAAGUUCACAGGCAUGUCGCCCAAGAAAGCUCAUGAAGUAGAGCGAAUGACGCAAUAUGUCUCAAAUGUCCUCGCGGAGGAUUCGCCAGAAUCUCGACCACAGCAUGCGGCCGACAUAGGUGCGGGACAAGCAUAUCUGUCACGAAGCCUGCGUGAUGAACUUGGCCUUCAUGUCCUUGCACUUGACUUCAGUCAAGUUCAAUCUCACGGUGCAGCGAGAAGAGAACAAGCAAGCAAGUCGUCUGACAAUGAAACUCAAGCGGGGUCUCUGGACUACGAGAUGAUUGCUGUCGAUUCUAAUAGCCUCAUCUCUGCUACGGAACACUGGAUACAGAGAAGAGUUCAUGGGUGCUGUCUGAACCCAUGCCCUACACCCAUUCUUUGGGUUGCCCUCCACGCCUGUGGCUCUUUGACUCUAGAUAUUCUGCGUGCAUUCAUUCUGCGCCGCCGGCAGAAUGACCAGGAUGUUUGCUGGAGACCAAGUGCUGCGGUAAUCGUAGGAUGCUGCUACAAUAUGGUACGAUCAGAGGAUCGUGUUCUUACACGGGAUGAUAUCGUGCUGUCUCCUAAUCAUUUACAACUGGCCGCACAAACACCCGAUCAAUGGGGUACUUCGCCCCUCAAGUUCGACGAAACAGUAUUGGCCAUUAGGAAGAUCGUCUGGAGAGCUCUGUUGGAAGGCAUAAUGGCUCGGUCGGAGGUCACACAAACCGACCCUGCAGCAAAACUAGAGAUAAGACGGCUUGGGCGACUGAACAAUGAUGCAUACACCGACCGGGACCAGUUCAUACGCCGUGCGCAGACGAGGAUGGGCGUCGAUCUUUCCUCACAGUGUUCGCUCUCAGAAAGAGAUGAGAACCUAGAAAGACGUCUCGAAGUAUUUCAUGUUUUGCGCUGCAUAUUGGGACCCGUCGCAGAGACUUUCAUACUGUUGGAUCGUGAGCGAUGGUUAAAUGAACAACUAGAGGGUACCAAUACGAAUGUGCAACUAGUUAACUUGUUCGACCAAAAUUCGGGCAGUGCAAGGAAUGUAGCUAUUGUAGCUAUGACAUCGUAGCGUAGAUCCAUUUGUUAUAAUACUUUCUGACAAAACGG